GUACUACCUAUCGGUCAGAAAAGCUUCCGGAUCCUGAGGUGUUCAGGGGAGAUCGUGAUCGAGAAAGAUUACACCUAUUCAAGCAACAAAUGAGAAUCAAGCUAUUGGGAAAUGCCGAUCGCUAUCCCACUCUACAGUCUAAAUUAUCCUAUGCGUUCAGUAGAUUGGAAGGCGUUGCUGCCAAUCAGUUCUUACAGUAUGUCGGUGAAGGAGGUAUCACCUUGCCUUCUAUGCUACGGUUUUAUGAGGUUUUGGACACUGCUUUUGGAGACCCCGAUCGGAUGCGUACGGCUAGGAGGAACCUUAGAAAUAUCCGUCAACGAAAUCGAACGUUCGCCGACUAUUUUGCCGAGUUUCAACGUGUGAGAGAUGCGUACCAGACCACAAGAGUACACUACGCAGAGCUCAGAGUUCGGCUAACAGCUACAAAGGUAGAAGUCUCCAAGGUCUCUUCAGUCAACGUCGAGUAUGAAUCUCCUUGA